CCGCCCCGGAGCCCGGGGCGUUCGCGGCCGAGAGUCCCGAGGACGCGCCUCCGUAUUUUAUUUCACCUGUGACCUUCAGAUGCCGGCUUUUAUUUCAAGACGCUUAAAGUAACUUUGAAGCAGUUUAAGCCGUUUAUUUCGGAGUCUAAUUUUUAGGUAGUUCUCUGUGUGUGAUUUUAAACCCGAGCAGGUGUCGGGCUGCGUGGCGUUUCCGUUGUCACAGUGGUUGAGCGGUAGGGGGCUGCCCGGGGAGAGGCCCGGGGUGACCCCCACGGGCGCAGCUACAGGCCCCUGGCUUUGGCCAGUGUAACCAGGGCUGCUGCUACUUUUAAUCCUGCGGCGCAUCGGGUUCUCCGGUUGGAAAGUCUGAGCAAAGCAGUAAUACAAGGCCGUGCCUUAGUCCCUGGUGAAGGUCCCCCUGAAUGUCACCGGAGCUUGUAUCCUGUGCUCUCCUGUGCAAUGCGCCUUCUAGUCCUUAGGUGCAGCCCAGGGCAACCUCCUUUGGUAUAACUGAGCAUAAAGCUUUGGGACCAUAUCCAUACAGCAAGUGUGCUAGUUACUACCUGGCGCUCUGCUGCAUAGGGCGAGUUUGUUAGGUGUAUGUUCCAGGAAGAGAGCUAGCCCUGCUUUUCUAAAUUUAUAUGUAUUUUUGCUGCUAGGUAGGUUUCUGAGAGCCGGGCUUUUCAAUAGAAUACGUAGGUACAUGGCCUAAGCUGUAUCCCAGUAUUAACUUCAGGGAGCAUUAAUGCUUGUGUACCUUUCCCCUCCCUUUUACUUUAAUUGAAUUAAGGUUUGACUCGUUAGUUUUUUAAGGGAACUUGUUUUCCCUGCCAUUCUUGGCAACAGUGGGAUUUCACAUUAUGGCUACCAAUCAUUUUUAUGUAGGACUUUUGGAUCGAGCAGCAUAGGAAGGUAGGAAUUUUGUUUUUUGUAUCCCUUUGUAUUUGUACUAAAGUCACCUGUUGUAAAAUAGGGUAGAAUCUGAACAAUUCAAGGAGAGAGUCCUGAAUUGAAAACUAAAUGAUCUUCAAGGUGACAUUGUAGAUUUUAAGCACUUCAUUUUUUAAAAUAUUUUUGUAGGGAAAGAAAAAUGCACUGUUGCUAAUAUAUGGUUCAAUAAAAGGCCUGUGUUCAGACCCUGAGCCAAGAUGUGGUAAGGAGAGGGACUAGCGGCUGUCCUACUGGCUGCGCCCUCUGACCUGGUAAGGUCACUGCCUCUGGGCCAGUGCUGUGCUCCGUUUGGACAGUCUGGGACAUAAUUUAUUAGGCUUUUUGCUUUUGAUAUUUCAUAAUAGGACCUAUUUGAAGUCUGUUUAGCACUGUCAACAAGUAAUUUCAUGCUGUUAACUAAGUGCUGUAAACUAGAACCUAUGCAGCCUCUGGAUCAAAACCUCCAGAAGUGUCGUUUGGGUGUGAGUGUCUCCAUAGAGAUUUUAUCAUUGUAUUUCAAUAACUCUUUUAGUAGAUACACUUUAAGAUGUUGCCUAAACGGAACAAUUAACCCAUAUUCUGGCAAUAAGAAUUGCCAUUUCAGAAAUGAAAGUAAUUCACUAUAAAAUUUUGGAUAUGUUUUAAGUGUUGUGAAGCUUAACAUCAAAAGGUUUUACUGUUCACUCAUUCAACAAAUAUUUUUUGAAAGCCUUGUAAAUGGAAGGCAUUUUAGGUUCCAGGGUUUCAGUAGUAAACAAAACAAAAUUACAUGGCUCUUUUUAGGGGCUUUAUUCUGGCAGUAACCUAUUAGUAAAUGAAAAUGGAAAGUUUAUUGUUAACAGAUUUCUGCAGCAUGGUGCUUCUCUCCAACUUGUCAUUUUCAAAGAAACGGUCCCUUUAAGCCUGUGAUGUGUAAUUUGAGAGCCACAAGCCACAGAGGGCAGCCAAGCACCUGAACUGUGGCUCAUCCAGACCAAGAGGUGCCGUGAGCAUCAACACACACCGGGCCUCGAAAACUUGCUACAAAAUAGAACAUAGGAUAGUUUAUUAAUAAGUUUUCACUGGCUAUGUGUUCAGAUUAAAGUACUUUUGAUAUGUUGGAAUAAAUGAACUUAAUAAAGUUAACUUCUGUUUUCCUUUUAGAAAUUUAAAGUUGCACAUGCAACUCCUGUUGGUGACUUACACAGUAUUUCUAUGGGAGCACUCUAAGGAUUACCUUACUUUUUAUAAAAUCAGGGUUUGACUUUAUUAGGCCCAAGUUGUUACUGGAAUAUCACGAGACUGAUGUAAGGGAAAGGGAUGCCUAUUGGGCGUCUGCUACGGGACCGAGCAGCGUGAAGUUGGAGUAGCCAAUGGAACCAAACCUUUGAAAGCAUCUCAUCUUCUCUUCUCUUUUUUUUCUUUUCAUGUCCCCCUGUCUGAACCUCGGUGAUGUCUCACAAAAUAGCACGCACUUUUGGGGCCCAGUGGCCAACUGGGGUCUUCCCAUUGCCGCCAUCAAUGACAUGAAGAAGUCUCCAGAGAUUAUCAGUGGGCGCAUGACGUUCGCCCUCUGCUGUUACUCCCUGACGUUCAUGAGAUUUGCCUACAAGGUGCAGCCUCGCAACUGGCUCCUGUUUGCCUGCCACGCGACCAACGAGGUUGCCCAGCUCGUGCAGGGCGGGCGGCUCAUCAAAUACAAGAUGAAUAAAAAGGCAUCGUCAUAACAACGGAAGGGGAGGGCCUGGCGCUCCAAGGGGAGGCUGUGCCAGCUGCUGAGUCACAGCCUCCAUCAUCGAGACACGCUGAAUGCUGUUUAACCAACCAGACGACUUUCACAGGGACAGCGAGAGCCCCUGUACCUGCUGGCGCACAAGUUCUGAGUACCCCACUUCUCAUAAAGAGUAGCCACAGGCAAUCAUUUCAGUAACCCUGCUCGUUUUAUCUGCAGUCACGUGCACACUACCUAUUGCCAUUUACUUAAUGAAAGCAGAAGAGAACAGUUUGUGACUCUGAGAACCUGAGUACUCAGAAUUCUUGCCUUUUGUUUAAUCACCAUGAGACAACCGACAGCUGGCCACAUCGGUAAAAUCUCAUCACCAGGGUCUGAAAAAGUAUCUGUUUCCAUGCAGCGUGUGUUCUGAAAUGCUGUAACCUAAUGGCAAUAAAUGAUUUAAAUAUUUGUCAAAUGA